AUGAUCUUAUGGUCCCAAGAUGAAGCGAUUGACUUAGUGCCCGAGGAUGAGUUCUUCAAGGAAGCACCAGCUGAGUUGUAUGAUGCCGUAAGUGGAAUUCUCCUAAACCUUUCCAUGUCUUUCCUACUCUUCGCGCAUGUCAACGCGGUAACUCCAACCACC